AAUCACGUGUCGAAUUGUUCAUUCAUGUUUUCUUUUCUUCUCGACUUGACUUGAGGUUUUUCUUUGUAUUAUCGAAUUUGCCGAUUUUGAAUAAUUAUUUAACUGAUAGUUUUGAAUUGAUGGCUAACGUAGCCUAAAUUUCUCCUAUUCCACAUUCAUAAUAUAUUGAUGUAGUUUUCAUGAAGUAGGAACUGGUUAGUUUACUAACUUCGGAAAUGGGCAUCGCAAAGAAAUAUUGUCCUAAUUGCAGUCAACUGUAUAAUCUCAGUAUUUCCAAUCCAAAAGGAAAUAACCUUCCAUUGUUUUUAAAAUGUGGUCAUUCUAUGUGUGAAAAAUGUGUCAGAAACAUUGUAAAGUUUGGAGAACCCAUAGAAUGCAAAGUGUGCCAUCAGGAUAUGGCUGUAGAAGCAGGCAAUGUCACAUUGAUCACUGAAAAUAAUGUUAAACUGUAUGAUAUCUUCCCUCUAAAUGUCCACAUGCUUGGUGAACUUUAUGUACAAAGUUUGCAGAAGGCUGAAGGGAACAAAAGUUCAGGAGACUGUUUCCUUGAUUUGAAAUCUUUGUUGAACGAAAUUGAAAAUACCAAUGGAGAAUGCUUGGAAUGUCACUCACUCACUUCAAAAAUGUGCGAGCAAUGCCGCAUGCCUCUAUGUGAUACUUGUUUUAAUAAAACACACAAAAAUUUUGUUAUUUUCAAGAACCAUUACCUCAAGAAUAUUGCUCCAGUCUGCGUAACCAAUGAAUGUAGUAUCCACCGUGGCAAACCUCUUGACUAUUAUUGCAAAGACUGCGAGAAGGCGAUUUGCAUGGAUUGUAUGAUGGUUGGCGGAGCAAAUUCAUGCAAAAAUCAUAUCACUGUGUCUAUUCAAGAAGUGAAUGAACAAACCAUCGAGGAACUAAGUACUAUUUCCCCUAAAGUAGACGAAACCUUUAGAAGACUGACCAAAACUGCAGUUGAUGUUGGGCAAUUGCUGUUUAACAUAGAGAAUGAAACACAGUCUGCCUGUCCACACACUCAAAUGAUAGCAGACAUAGAACAACACUUCUCAAAGCUCGAUAGUCAGCUACAAAAACUAAAAUAUGACCUUAUAGAUGUGCUCGACAAAUAUAAAUCUUCUGAAAAAGAUUCCCUCGUUAAGGCUAAAGCUGAUAUAGCUGAUGCGAUUAAGAAAACAAAGACCGUAAUGAAUACUAUCACUGCAUCAAAUGAUCCCAAAUUUUUCAAGGAGGUGAAUCUCACGGCGUUGUUAGAAAACGCAAAGGAAAUCAUUGACACCCCAUGGUAUUUAACUAAAGUUGAGGAGAAUAAUGAACCAUUGAAGCUAGUUGUAAAAAACGACAUAUUCAAUACGAUUACCGAUUAUGUACGUCUCGAAGGUAAUUGGAAUUCUUCUUACAAGCUACAAUCGACUAAAGAGUUGGGAGACAUAGUUAUAUCGGCGGCGCCUCCGGUACCCGUCAUGCCUCCGGAACUGCCUAAAGACGUGCGACAAUCCAGCAAGUCCAAACAAUCUUCUCAAAACAGCAAAAAUGGUGACGAGCCGCCGCCGUACGUGGCGUUUUACAAGAAUGUGCCGCAUUACCGCACCAAGAGCGGUUCUGCUACUUCGCUGAAUUCGCUCAGCAGCGAGUCUUCAUACAAGAGCACCCUCACACAAGUUGAAGCAAGCACCAAAAGGGUGCAAAAUCAACGAGUGUCGCCAUAUCCAAACUGCGAACAACUUAAACUUCUAGUUGAAGGUACUCAAGAGCUCGUAUACAUAUCGCACAUCGUCAACCCCCAAGACUUCUACGCCCAAAGAGCUUGCCAACAAUCGACUGCGGUCAAAGAGAUAACACGAGCGUUCAGAAACGCCGUGUCUAUGCCUAAACCAUCCAUGAACAACUUGACAAUAGAUAAAGUAUGCUUAGUGUACAAUAAGGCUGAUAACAUGUGGCAACGCGGCCGAGUGGUGGACAUCGACAGAAAGGAUAUACAAAGACCAAUUUAUUACGUAUUCUGCUUUGAUUUCGGGAGUACAGAGAAGGUGCACAUUGAUGAAUUGCGACUUAUACCGCCAGCCAGAAUAAACAACCCUCCGCCUCUAGCGAUCCGUUGCUCGCUGGCCAACUGUACGCCCAAAGCUGGAAACUGGACUAGCGACGAUUCAUUCCUUAUGAGAAACAUUAUCGACAACAAACCUACAUUGAUCCACGUCCGCCAUAUAACAUCCGAGGGUCACAAGUCGAAGGUAGAGUGUGACGUCACGACGUUCGAGGAGGGCGUCAGUUUGGCGCACGCGCUCGUCUUCCACGAGAGAGCACGUUUGAUUGAUCCUAGGCUGCCGUACCCUGAAAUCACUACCAAGACCGAAAGACCUAGAAUAUUUAUGAACAAUAAUGACUUGAAAUAUAAAACGGUGGAAGAAGUGUACAUCAUAAAUAUAAUGAGCCCUGACAAGUUCUUUGUAAGAAAGAGCCAUCUUCAAAAUGAAUAUGAAAAACUUUGUGAAGAAUUAGAUCAAGAGUAUAGCGAGAGUGACAAAAAAGGGACCAUAUAUCUACCUGAAAUUGGCAUGGCGUGCGUGGUGAACCAGUCGCGCUACCGCGAGCAGGCGGGCCGCGGCGGCUGGGCGCGCUGCGUGGUGGCGGCGGCGCCGGGCCGCGGCCGCGCGCGCGUGCUGUGCGUGGACAGCGGCGCCGCGCUGCUCGCGCACUGGACGCAGCUGCGCGCGCUGCGGCACAAGUUCUGCACGAGGCGAGCGCUCGCCAUAGAGUGCCACCUGGCCGGCGUGACGCCCCAGAAUAAGAAGUGGCACCCGCGCUCCCUCACCCUGCUCCAGCAAUACAUGGGAGUGUUGCUCGAGAUGAAAGUGGAAGAUAACCGCAACCAAGGCUCUGUGGGCGUCUCGUUGUACGACAAGAACGACGAGGAAAACGUUGUCUGCAUUAACCAGGAGAUGAUACGACACAAGUAUGCCGUCAGCUUUGGGCUUUAUUCAUUCAACCAGAACCCCAUCGUUGAAACGGAAGCGAUUACAAAUAAAGCACCUGUAGAAAAGAAAGCCAAACCUCCUAAGAAAAAUAACAACAUAACCAUAUUAAAAAAAUCUACUUCCGCCAAAAAGAAAGUAAACGAAAGAGAUUUGGAGGCCAAAGAUAAAGGACCUGUUUCUUUAGAAGCAAAAUUGUUGCACUAUCAUUCCCCAUCGCUAAUUUACAUUGCUCUUAUACAACAACAACAAGUAUUCAACGAGUUGUUCGAGAAGAUUCAGAAACAUUAUGGAAACCAAAAAUCCCCAGGCAAGCAAGAUUGGAAAGUCGGUGAUAAAUGUUGCUGUCUUUGCAUCGCCUCCAACACAUGGCGCAGAGGUUUGAUCAUAGAAAUCGAAGGCACUAAUGCGAAAAUAUUUUAUUCUGAUUUCGCCAGUGUUGAAACUAUUCCGAUGGCGAAUUUACACGAAUUAACACCAGAGUUUGCCUCAGUCGGUCACGCAGCUAUUAAAUGUCAUAUAAGCGGGGUUGUUCCAGCCGUAGGCGAAGAAUGGCCGUCACUUACUAAAGAAUUUUUGAAGGAACUCCUCGAUGCCUAUAAGAGAAUAUUCAUUACCAAAGUGGGUAAUUUUAAUGAAAAAGAUAAUAGUCUACCGAUUCAGAUCUGGGUUUACCACGUUAUACAAGGUGGUGCACUGGAACCAGACAAGUCUGAAUGGCGUUGCUUGAACCAAAGGAUUAUUGAACAAGGCCUGGGCGUACCAGAUAAGUCUCAGGAGGGUGUUGAUAUGGAGAAAUCUGACACAAAAAGUGACAUGCUUUCAUUCCUGAACCUGACAGGAUCAGUGUCGGAAUGGCUUCAAUUAGAGAAUCUGCCAUCGAUGGCAGAAAAUGACAAGUCUGAAUGCAGCAGCAACAAUAAUUCCACAGUGGACCCCGACGAAGAGGAAGAUGAAACUCCUUCCAGCAACACAAUGUUUAUCAGUGAUUGGCAACCGGCUGAGCCAUUGGCGAACAAAGAAUUCACAGGAGUGCCCACAUAUAUUGACAAUGGCGGUGUUAUUUACCUGCACGAUGUGAUUCAGGAAGACACGUUGGAUUUAAUCCGCAAGGCGCUCGAUAUUCGUUUCAAAGAUCCGGACCCCAAAGCUAAGUAUGCCAAGUGGUCUGUUGGCGAACCAUGCGUCGCAUUGUAUUAUCUCGACAACAAAUUCUACCGCGGCAGGGUUUUAGAAGUGUGUUACGAGACGUCUACGUGCUCUAUACAUUACGUUGAUUAUGGAAACGAUGAACUCUGCUCGUUUGAAAACAUGAGAAAAAGCGUCGCGUUGUAUCAGAUACCAGUUCAAGCCCAUAAAUGUGUGCUGAACCGUAUCAAGCCUAAGAACGGGGCGUGGGACCGGCUCGCUUUGGAUUACAUUCACAAGUCAAUCGUUGAGAAGCAAUGCUACGUUAAAGUCACCGGCGACCCGAUAGACGGCGUAUUGCCCAUAGACUUGAAGUAUGACAAACUGUGUAUCAACGAUCAUCUCGUCGAAUUUGAAAUGGCGAAAUACACCGACGGCUCUAAAGUGAGAGUUCCCAAGUUUAUCAGUAAGGCACAGCAAAUAAACGAAACCGUGAGCGCGGAGUCUGACUCCGGGCCCGACUACAUCGUGGUGGACGAAGAAGACACGCCCGCGCCUGUUACCUCCUCCUCUGAUGACUCAAUUGACAUUGAUUCUAUGGAAGGCAAAGAUUGGAAUAAAAUCGUCGAAGAAGAACUAGAAAAAUGUUCCGAAAAAUGUAUUACAUACCCUAAACAUACUGAUGAUACUUUUUUUUGUGACAUUACAGUCAUCAAUGAUAUGAAUCAAUUGGAGUUGAGUGUUGUUUUUGAUGAUGACACUGCUAUAGUUUACACUGAGUUGUAUGAUGAUAUCAAUAAAAAUGCAGAAAAUAUGAAGCCGCUAAACGGUAUAUAUGAAAAUAAAGCUUGUGUAGCAAUUUUCCCAGAUGAUGAGAAGUGGUAUAGAGCAUCUAUCAUACAAUACAGUGAAGCUAAAAACCAGGUUAAAGUAAGAUAUGUUGAUUUUGGGAAUAUAGCAGUCAUAUCUUUGGCUGAUGUAAGAGAAAUAUCUGAGGAGUGGGCUAAUUUGCCUCCCGCCACUGUCACGGCCAAACUGCACGGCUAUAAAAUAAACCCAGAUACAGAUAUAAAUUUGAUCUCAACAGAGUUCGCUGAUACAUUUCUAGAAAAACCGCCAUUUAAAGUUAAAAUACUCGCUAUCGAAGAUUCUAUCCCACUUGUCGAACUAAGAAAUUCAAAUGAUGACUUAUGUUAUGCAGAUCUUAUAAAGAAGAAUAUUCUCCUGCCAUGUUAAUUAAGUGAGGGUAUCCAAACUAUUAUGGUUAUAUAGUAUUAAACAGAAACCACCAGAGAAACGGUAUGAUUACAUAAGUAUUUCAAUGCGAGUUUUUUUUAUAUACUUAAAGUGUUUAUAGUUCCAUACACAUCUGAAUAAAUGUGACUAAUGAAUAUUCAUAUGGAUUCGGAUUUCUUAUUGGUAAAUAAGAACAAGUGCUUAUUUCAAAGUGAAAUUAAAAGACAUUUAUUUUUUUCCACAUUUUUAUUAGUUAAGGUUUUUCUUAUUUGUGGUUCCUUUAGUUUUAUUUGUUGUUAUAUAAUAAACAUAUAAUAAAGACGUCAAAAGCUA